GGAAUGCUUCUGGCCAGGACGCCAAAAUCCAGCCGUUCGUUUGAGUUGACGCAGUGUCCACGGGUCCACGACGCCGCCAUCGCCAGACCCGCCGCUCCGCCAUGGACCGCGACGCGCUCCGCAUGGUGUGCUCGCCCGAGUUCUGGCGCAUGGGCGUCCUGUGGACCCUCUCCCUCCUCUACUCCUACCUCCUCCUCCUACUACGUGGCCGUACCGCCGCCCCUCGCCGCCGGACGGACGUAGGUCUCGGCGGCGGCGGCCGCCCCAUAUGCGUGGUCACCGGGGCGACGUCGGGGCUGGGCCGGGCGGCUGCGGCGGCGCUGGCGCGGGAGGGAUACCAUGUCGUGCUCGCUGGACGCUCUGCACAAUUGCUGAGUGAGACCGCUAAAGAAAUUCGUAGGCAACAGCCGGAUGCCUGUCUUGAAGCCUUUCAAGUGGACAUGUCAUCCUACAGGUCAAUUAAGAAGUUUGAAGCUUCCCUCAAUCAGUGGAUUCGGGAUUCGAAACUGGAGCCUUCCAUUCAGCUUUUGAUCAAUAAUGCCGGGAUGCUUGCAAAAUCACACAGAGUUACCGAGGAUGGGAUUGAUGAAGUGAUGCAGACAAACUACAUUGGUCCAUUUAUCCUGACCAGCAUUCUUUUACCACUGCUGAAGAACAGCCCGGUACCUUCCCGGGUGGUUAAUCUAACAUCUUUCACACACAGAUGUGUGUCAGAAAUUGACGUGUCCAAGGAGGCACUGCGAGGAGUGAAGUUUGGUCAGCCUUCAGUUAGGGGAAGUUACCCCUUAGCUAGUACGUACGAGUAUACCAAAUUUUGUUUACUUGUCUUCUCAUAUGAACUUCAUCGACAACUUCACAUCUCUUCUGGUAUCUCUGUCAUGGCUGCGGAUCCAGGUGUGGUAGAAACACGCAUCAUGCGGGAGCUCCCUCCAUGCCUUUCUCGGUUCGCGUUCUUUAUUCUGCGCACCCUGAAUCUCCUACAGCAGACAAAUACGGGGAUUGGUGCUAUCCUUGACGCAGCCUUGGCACCGCCUGAAGCAUCCGGGAAGUAUUUCUUUGGAGGGAAGGGAAGAACCAUCAGGUCUUCUGUGCUGUCCUAUGAUAUAGAGGUGGCCAAGAAGCUGUGGGCGGCAUCUUCAGCGCUGCUCCGGGAACUGCGGCUUAGAGAGUCUGAAUUAAGGACUGGUUGAGCUAGCUUGUAAAUUCGACAUUGUUAGAGCAUCUCUAGCAGUCCCUUCGGGGACAUCUGAUAAAAUUGGAACGAUACAGAGAGCAUCUCUAGUAGAUCCCCUAAAAGUCAUAUUUGAGGGAAAUUUUCGGGUUUCGGGGAAUUAAGCCCUAGCGAUCUGAUUCAGAGGUACUCCCUCCGUCCGGGUUUAAAAGGCCCUUAGGCAAGGGCUGCACGUCCGUCAUUUUUAGGCCGCUCUCGAAAAACAUUCACUUGUCUCUCCUAUUUAAUAUCAACACUGAAGGAGAUCAGCUGUGCAUGUGUA